AUGUCUAGGCGACAAGAUGCUAUCGCUUCCAAUCCUUUACCUGCAAGAUCUGGAAGACAAACACUCCCUGAUAGAUCACCUGUGCUGACGAAACAGUUUCAAUUCACAAAGAAACCACCAAUUACACCAAGUCCUCCGGCUGAGGAAAGUUCGUCUCUCAAUGACGACUUAAUGAGUGUUAACAGUGGGUUUUACAAAGGAGAUGGUCUCAUUUCGCACUCAGGAGGUCUAAGUGUCGAUAGUUCGUCAUAUCGGCGGAGUUUCGAAUCUUCGUCUGCGUGGGGCAGAUCAGGGCGCGGGCUUAUUAGCAUUGACGACCACAGUGGAAGCCUGGAUUUUUCGCCACUGGGUAACAAUUCGAUUUAUGAGAUUGUCAUGAAUACCAGGAGGAAGAAUUGGCUAGGUCGUCCAAGUGUAGAAGAUAUUCCACCAGUGACGCUCAGUAAGAACGGACUUCAAAAUGAUUGGAAAUCCAAAAUUGAUUCCCAUAUCGGCGUGCUUUCGCAAGAGUAUGACGUUUUCCAGAAAUUCAACAAUUUGCAAGCUGUCAAAGGAUUUGGGCAACUUUCACUUGGACGAAUAUAUCAAUCGGAUGAAGAUCAAGUGCCCGUGGCCGAAGAAGAUGCAGCUCGUGGUCUUCAGAUAUACACAAAGGAUGUAAAGCAACAGAUGCAUCAGGUUCCGGACUUUUAUUUCCAAGAUGGCUUUCGAUUAGAUGAUACGAGAACUUUCAGUAAAGUUUUGGACGACGCCGAUUUACAAGUGGACUUUUUCCGCUCCUUUUCGAGUGAGGAAAGAGACAAUGCGCAUGAGGAUUUGCAGGACAAGCUGAAUUCAUAUCUGGACGACAUCGAAAAUUUACUGGUGUCUGAAAUUUCGAGCUCUUCUCAUAAAUUUUUCUACGCCCUUGAAGAUGUUGAUAAAAUCGAGGACAUGGCUUCGGAAUCACUGAAGAAGUUGGAUGAAUUGUCAUCGAAGCUCCAAAACCAUGAUGAGAAAAAAGUACGGCGACGAAUCAAUUUGCUUAGACAAAUGAUCAAAAGGAAAAAUAUCGAAAAACUCGAACAGGGCCUUUUACAGAUCAAGAAAAUCACGGAAUUAACAGAAGAUUGUAAGAGGAAAUACGAGGAUCAAAAACUUGAUGAUUGUUUGGAUGAUGUGGACCAUAUCGAGCGGCUGAUAGUCGGUGAUGAUACCGAUCCCGUCGUUGAAGCGAUAAGCAAAGAAUGGCCUUACAAAUUACUAGAUUUGAAAUCCGUCCCUGCGAUCUCUCAUGUUCGCGAAUAUCUCACGAAUCUUACCAUAGAACUGGGCGGUAUGUUUGCUCUCAACUUGUGUGAUUUACUCUUGAAUGAUGUUCGAAGGUGUUCAAAUUCAUGUGACGUUGAUCAAUUUCUUCAACGGCCAAAUAAAAACGGGCCGUCUCCAAAACAGGAACUGGACACAAAUCUCACAGAGGAGCUCAAGAGACAUAUAACACAAUUGGCUCGUUGUGACGAGUUGGCAAGUGCGCUUCAGUUGUUUAGAGAAAAGUUCAUGGCUGAACUCAAAGGCAUAGUAAAACAGCAUCUACCUCAAGAAGGCGAAUGUGAAGAUCCUGACAAAUCUAUUGAUUCGAGAAGCGCUGCCACUGGGUCGAAGCUUUCUCGGCUGAUUAAAAAUCAAACUCCAAAAGAGUUCCAAGAAAUGCUCGUGAACGUUUUCGCUCGCGAAGUUGAGGCGCUCAAAAGACUUUCCAAACAGCAAAAAGUGCUUUUGGAUUUGUCUUUGGGUGUCUCUUUGAGCCAGAUGUCUGCGAGUGACGGUCAGGACUCCAGUGAACAGCAUGACAUGAUUAUGCAAUUAGAUAUCACGAAGGGCAUACACGAAGGGAUUCGUGUGAUUCAAUUGAGAAUGGGGAAGAUUAUUUCGGUACGAAGGGAUGUGAAUGCUAGGCUGCGGUAUGACCACUUUUUAGAUCUCUACAAUGUGUGUGGCCAUUUUGUUCACGAGUGCGAAUCGAUAACAGGUGAAUUUUUGACCAAAUAUCUGACAGAUGUCUUAACAAUGCAGAUAAAAAACUAUUCCGUCGUUUUAAACUCAACGUGCAUAGGUUCUAUCAAGAGCUCGAUUGAGAAAGAGCAUUGGACUCCGUUCAUAGUUCCUGCCGAACUUCAACGAGACGUCAACGAUAUUGUGUCCUCUGCAGAGUUUGAUCCAGCGCCAUGGACAAGUUUGUCAAGUAAAGUAACGGAAACAACAGACACCAAUGAAAACUCAAACAAUCAAAAAGGGCAUAAAAAAUCUGUUGUUGUUAGUGAUAAGACGUUCGUGGCUAGUGAAUCGCUUCUGGCCGCACUUCGACAAGUUAAAUCAAUACUUGUGCUCUCAAUAAAUCUGCCCUCUGCAUUUCUGGCCACGUUUGAGAGAAUGUGUUACGAUCUUUUGAGGUACUUUAACACGAGUGCAAUGUCUACCGUGUCACUCGACCAGGAUCCAGGUCACAUCUCGAAAGCUGGGAAAAAUUUGAGCAUAAUGGGCGAGUCAUUGGACUGCCUGGCGGAGCUGACUACAUAUGUGCAGGGAUUCUAUACGCGCCUUGGUGAUAAUUCUAAAGAUUUCCAACCUCUGAAACCCUCACAGUACUCAGAGCUUUACCAGCUGUUCCAGUCUUCCUCAGAUAAGCUCUAUCAAGCACACGCGCCGCCACCCCCCAUCUAA